CCGAAAGAUCACCUCCCGAGUAGGCGAGGAGCGGCUGCCCCAGCGGAGCAGGGAUGCGCCCACGGCCACCGCAGUGUCGGAGCAGCCUGAGCCCCACUUCCCCCUGCCGGGGCUGGUGAUGCGGGCGAGGCACUUCCUGCCGGUCCGUGACAGCGGGGACAGGCAGAAGGGCCGGCAGAAGGGAGCCGGAGAGGCCGCGCUGCGCUGCGAGGAAGGACAGGGAGAGAGAGCGGCGAGACCCCGGCAGCGGGAUCCAUCCCACCGCAGCACGCCAUGUCCCUGGUGGAGACGAUCCGCCUGUGGCAGGAGGGAGUGUGUGCAGCCGACAGGAAGGACUGGGGCGCUGCCCUGGCUGCCUUCACGGCCGUGCAGAACCCCCCUGCCAAAAUCUGCUUUAACAUUGGCUGCGUCCAGCUGGUGCUGGGGAAGCUGGAGGAGGCGGAGGAGGCAUUCACCCGGAGCAUCGGCUGUGACAAGCACCUGGCAGUGGCUUAUUUCCAGCGGGGGACUGUGUUUUACCGGAGGCAGAACCACGGGAAGGCCAUUGAGGAUUUCAAAGAGGCGCUGGCCCAGCUGAGAGGCAACCAGCUCAUCGACUACAAGAUCCUGGGGCUGCACUACCGGCUCUUCGCCUGCGAGAUUCUCUACAACAUUGCACUGGUGUAUGCCACAACAGAGAACUGGGAGAAGGCUGAGGAGCACCUGACCCUGGCCAUAAGCAUGAAGAGUGAGCCACAGCACAACAAGAUAGACAGGGCAAUGGAAGCCAUCCUGAAGCAGAAGCUCUGUGAGCUGGUGGCCAUUCCUGCAGGGAAGCUGUUCAGGCCAAAUGAGAAGCAAGUAGCUCAGCUGGAGAAGAAGGACUACCUGGGAAAGGCAAUGGUGGUGGCAUCUGUGGUGGACAAGGACGAUUUUUCGGGAUUCGCUCCCCUGCAGCCACAAGCCUCUGGUCCUCCCCCCAGGCCCAAGACUCCCGAAAUCCUCAGGGCCCUCAGAGGGCAGCCACACCGUGUCAUGUUCGAGUUCAUUCCUGAGACUGCUGAGGAGCUGCAGGUCCUGCCAGGAAACAUUGUCUUUGUCCUGAAGAAAGAGAAGGACAACUGGGCUACAGUGAUGUUCAAUGGAAAGAAAGGGAUUGUGCCCUGCAACUUCCUCGAGCCUGUGGAGCUCCAGAAUAAGCUGCCUAUCCAGGAAGAAAGCCCUGUGGAAGCUGAGAUCCCUGAGUCCCCCACCUCCACCGUGCCGGAGAAGCCGCGGCGGCUGGCACCAGACUAUGUUCCUGCUACGGUGGCACAGCCAAGAGACACAGCAAAGGAGGCUGAACCAGCUGUUUCCAGCCCCCAUAUCCUCAAGGUGCAUUACAAGUUCACAGUUGCCCUGAGAGUCGAUCAAGGCCUCUCCUACAGGGAGCUCCUGGAGCUGGUUUGCAAGAAGCUGGAGCUGCAGCCUGAGCACACAGAGCUGAGGUACAAGCCUGUGGAGGGCCAGGAGCUGGUGACUCUGAGUGCAGAGAACGUGGAGGCAGCCUGGACCCAGAGCAAGGACAACUGCCUGACAGUCUGGUGCAAUGGCACAGAGGGACAGGGGUUUGUACCCGACAGCAAAGCAGAGGAGUCACUGCAGGAGGCAACGCCGGGGGAGAUGGGAGCAACCCAUGUUGUAGCUCAGUACAGUUAUGAAGCCACCCAACCUGAAGACCUGGAGUUUCAGGCAGGAGACACGAUCCUCAUUUUAUCCAAAGUGAAUGAAGACUGGUUUGAAGGCAAGUGCAAGGGGAGGACUGGCAUCUUUCCAUCUGCAUUCGUUCACCAGCCCAACACUGAACACCCAGAGAAAUGAUUUCAGAAGAGCUUGAAGUUGUGGAGACAAAUUAGGAUUUCAGCUGUUGCCAAUAUCUAAUCUGCAUAUUAAUCCCUGCAUCUGAAAAUGAACUUUAAGUAUUAUUACUACUUGCAUUAAAAGCUUUAUAUUUUCUUA